CCACUAUCCGCGUGACGGGAUGAAUGUCCCGCCGCUUUCGGAGCUGCCGCUAGAUGACAUCGCCGGUCAUCACAAUUCAUGUGUUAUUCAGGAAGUAAAGGACUUGGCGGAAGAGCUUGCAAGCCUGUGGCGUGACAACCGUUUGAUGCGCGAAAGCAACGAUCAGCUCAAGCGUCACAACGACGAAAUGCGCUUGGCUUACAGCGUCCUCUCCGCAGAAUACGAAAGUAUCCGCGCCGAUAGUCACGCGGCCGAGGUUCUCUUUGAAGAGCACGCGGCGAUUUCGCGCAAAGAAAUCGAGAUGAGACGUCAACAAUUUGAAGAGGCCAACAAAUGCAUACUGAGACCUCAAGAAAUUGAAAAGCUCCGGCAACAACUUUUGGAAGAACUUGAACUCCCAACACGGGAAGCGAUGAAUGAGCUCGAAUACGAAGUAGAAGACGCGACUCAAAGCUACGCGAAAGCUGUUCGUGCCCUUAGGAGUCUGCGUGCGCAGCACGACGUUGAAGUUGCACGCCUACUCAGCGAAAAUGAAAGCUUAAGACGUGACCACUCACAAGAACUUCGCGUCUUGCACAAGGAAUUGCGAGUCAUGGAAGACAUAUUAAAGUUUAAGUCGCAAGAAGUAAAACAGCUCGAAAAACAGUUACGAGAUAGCACCCAUGUCUUAGCACGCGACGAUGCCCUUGCCACACAAUCUAACUUGCGAAAACUUGCCGUGCUAGCUGCUGAAAAAGCUGAGGAAAGGCUCGCAGCCCAGAUCUCAUUGACAGGGCAGCUUGAGCGACGUCUCAGCUCCACCGUCGCUCAGAUUACGGUAAGAGAGGACCAUAUCGAACGUCUGAUGAGCUCCUUGAAUGAAGCCGAAUCACACAAAGUAAUCCUGUUACGCAAAGUUGAAACUGACCAAAGAAAGCACCUUGAGGAGGUAAAACGCGUGACGGCACAUGCCAACCUUGCGAUUGCAGAACUGAAGGCUCGAUUCGAUGUCGAACGCGUCGAAGCAGCUAAUGCAACCCGAUCAAUAUCGUUGAAACUAACCUCACACGAGGACUGCCUUAAGAUCAUCCAGGAUGAGUGUGAUAGGAGAGCACGCUCAGCUGAGGCUUCAUCUCGACGCGCACACCAAAGUGCCACGGCAAGCAAGUUAGAGUCCGACUUAAAGUUGGAUGCUUCAGCGACGGAAUUGAUCGCCUGUAAGUCGGAGUUGCUGAAAGCAUCUGGCGAAACAGAGGGUUUGCGCAGAGCCCUGGCUGCGAUGGAUGGAGGAAGUGGAAAACAGCUUCCAACAUAUUUUAAUUUGCUUGAACAGUGCAAGUCGGAUCUCAAGCGCGAGCAGCUGCGCGUCGUCGAGUUGCGUAACGCUCUCCACCUCAUCAAAACUCAGAACUUCGAGUUCGAGGCAGCUAUUUCUGCGCUGGACAAUGAGUCAAGGAAAUUGUUGAUGCUUCUUGAGCAAAGCAAAAUUGCGCACGCGAAAGAGACAAUGAAUCUCAAGCAUAAGUGGCACGCUGAUAGACGCUCAUUUUUGAAGCGCGUGAAAAAAGUUGCUGUGAUUUGCGAGACUCGGCGCCGGACUACCUCUCGUAAAGCAAAGAGAAAAAUCACACGUCAGCAGAGAAGAAUGCUUUCCCUCUCACCAGACCCGGUCCUGGCUCGCCUUGACAGUAACCGGUCAACAUCGAGACAGGGAAUCAAUGUUUACACGACGAAUUCAGUCUUACGUCCUGCUCCCAUGGAGUUUAGCGACGAGUUUGUGGCUCUGGAAAAAAGACAAAUACAAUUUGUGCAUAUGAUUAGCAGUGAUUUGAAAUAGUUUCAUUCAAGUUGCGGAACACGAUUGAAACUG